AAUGAGUAAAAAAGAGGACAUCAUAGAAAUAAACUUGGAAGAGAAAAUUCAAUAGAAUAAAAGAAAUAAGUAGAAUGUUAGAAAAGGGUACUAAGAGAAGAGAUAGAAAAUUUAAGCAUUUUUUGGUGAUAGACAUAGAAAUGAUGAUCGUAAUCCUGGAGCAAUUGUUGACAUAACAAAUUUACAUUAUAGUGUUACAAAUGAUGAGUUGAAAGAGUUGGCUUAAUAAUUUGGAAAGGUGAGGAAAGCUUAAGUAGAAUGGGAUAAAAUGGGCAGAUCUCUUGUAAAAAUUAAAUAUAAUUUAAAGGAAUAAGGUUAUAUUGAGUUUUUUUAUGUUUCUGAUGCAAAAAAGGCAGUCGAGAGUUUAAAUAACACAACAAUUGAAAGUUUACCAAUGAAAGCUUAAUUAAGAGAUUCAACAAUAAGAAGAGGCAUGUUCAAGCGAUGAU